GCGUCGGGCGGAUGUACGCGCGCCCCCACCCCGACCACAUCAAGUUCAUUUACGGCGCCUCGCUCCGCGGCCAAUUGUCUUGGAUGGCCAAUGAGAGCCCUGAACAUUAGCAUACGGACCAAGGCACUCAUUAGCGCUGAAAUUGAAUUAGCGCGUCUCAUUAGUGAGCUCUGAACGAUAACGCGUGCAAUGGAGUGUGGAGGUGCGUGAGAUUAGUAGAGUCGAGUUUGGCCAUUCGCCAUACGUUGGUUUGCCGGGCAGGAGUGGAUCGGGCCGGUUCGGCCCGAGCAGACAUGUGGCGCUGCUUGGAGUUCGGUAUGCAGGAGGAGUCGCAUCCCUACGCUCCACCGUCCUCGUAUGCGGGGGUGGCCACGCCGCACUUCUUCCCGUUCUCGUCGGUCACUGGUGACUACCGAUACCCUGACGUUACGGCGGGAGAUCCGGGUCAGUGCAGAACUCGGUGUCCCGUCCCGUCCCCAGCGCCCGGAACUGCAGCGGUCCACCAGCCGCCUACAGACACCUGGGAGUUGGCGAUAAAAAGCGAGAAGAACUCCGAUGACUACAUUUGUGAAGGCAGGGAGCCCGGGACUUACGGCAGUUAUUGGCCUAAAACCUGGGGCCCACCUUCAUGGCCGGGUCUUCCCACGGGGGCCAGUCCACCAGCCGCUUCGACUUCAACCGUUGCCACGCCGGUGUACCCUUCGAACUCUGGAGGCAGCGGCUCCUCCAGUGGCGGGGGCAGCGAGCUGGGACACUCCAGUGACUCCGAGGAAGAGCAGGAGAAGAUAUCCACAGAAGAAUUGGAGCGGUUUGUCAAAGAGAUGAAACAUAAGAGGGUCACUUUGGGCUUCACCCAGGCAGAUGUUGGUGUGGCACUUGGAAAUCUUUAUGGAAAAAUGUUUAGUCAGACUACAAUCUGCCGCUUUGAAUCUCUCCAAUUAAGUUUUAAAAACAUGUGCAAGCUGAAGCCCCUUCUGCAGCGCUUACUGAAUGAAGCCGAAUCUACAGAUAACCCACAGGAGAUGUACAAAGUUGAACGUCUGUCUGCAGAUAUGAAAAAACGCAAGAGGAGGACUAGUCUGGAAGAAAGUGUAAGAGGGGCCCUGGAGGCUGUCUUUCUUACAUGUCCAAAGCCCAAUACACAGAAAAUAGCUCUGAUUGCUGAUGAACUCAAUCUUGAAAAGGAUGUUGUGAGAGUAUGGUUCUGUAACAGACGUCAGAGGGAUAAGAGGCUAGCCCUGCCUCUGGAAGAGAUUGCAGAAGGGCACUACUUUGAUCCUAGUUCCAGUUUACACUCUACAAACCAAGCACAGGCAUAUCCAGGAGCUACCUUGAACCCAUCCUCGUCACAACUCUGCAUGCCUGCUUUCUACAAACCUGAAAUAGGAAAGCAAACUAUGCAUUCAGGGCACCCCUUGCAGGUGACUGCUGGGCAGCUAACAAGUUGACUCAGUCUCCACUGUGAGGCUAGUACAGUAUGAGGCCAAACACCCUCCCUGGAUUGGAUUUUAUUAUUAUUUUUUUUUUUUUAAAUAGUCCAAUUCUCUCAAACUAGUUGAGGGUUUUUUUUUUUUUUGGUUUUUUUUAUAAAUAUAAAAAGCCCUUCCCCUAAAAUGGAAGUUGAAUGACUAAUGCAUAUUCACUGCCAGCAUGUAGCAGCACCUUUGUCCUGUAUUUUAUACAUAGUAGUGGCAAAUUAACAGCCUGGUCAGAGUUUAUAUACCACAACUGAUGAUGGAAAAUCGGGCAGAAGCUUCCUUUUGUCUGUGUUCCAAGGGCUUGAGACGCAUUUUUUUUAUCUAUAUUUAUUAAUCUGUUCCUUUUUGUAUAUUUUGAUCAUCCUGACUGUGCUUUUUUAUAUUA